CGAUGCAAACUUUCCCUCGCUCGCUGGAGCAGAGCCUUUGGGGAAGGGGCUGCCCGGCUGGGUUCCUCCCGCAAUGCCGCUUGCCUGACCAUGCCGGGCCAGGCAGCAGGAGAGCCCGAAGCCCCCGCGUCUCCCCUUGAGGCCGCCCGCUGGCCCAGGACCCCUCCAAGCCCCUCUGGGGCGUUCCUUGGCUCGCUGCCUCUGGCAUGCCCGAUUGGAUGACCAUGUCCCAGUACUCCAUGAAUUUCCUCCUGGUUCCCAUCCCGGAAUACCCGCUCCCGGAGUGCGCGCCCACCAAAGUCAUCAAGCUGGUGGUCCUGGGGGGCAGCGGCGUGGGAAAGACCGCCCUCGUUGUGCGGUUUCUCACCAAGAGGUUCAUCGGAGACUAUGAAGCCAACACGGGUGCUUUAUAUUCCAGAAAAUUCACCAUUGAUGGAGAACAGAUUUCCUUACAAGUCCAGGAUACCCCAUUUGUCUCUCUGGAGGAUGAGAAUGACACCAUCUGUUGCCAGGAGCAGAUAAACCGGUCCAUUUAUUGGGCCGACGGCUUCGUCUUCGUCUACUCCAUCACGGACUAUGAAAGCUACCGCGUCAUCCGCCCGUUGCACCAGCAUAUCCGCAAGAUUCACCCCAACGCCAACAUCCCUUUGCUGCUGAUGGCCAACAAAGGGGACCUGCUCCGAGCCAGGCAGGUGUCCACAAAGGAGGGCCACCAACUUGCCAACGAGCUGGGCUGCCCGUAUUCAGAGGUCUCUGCGCGGGAGAACUGCGAAGGGGUUCACGGGGCCUUUCAGCAGCUGUGCCAGGAGCUGAGCCGGAUCAUUGGGAACUGCAAUGGGGAGAAGCGGAGGGGCCUCCAUCUCAUCCGGCCCAAAUCGCCCAACAUGCAAGAACUGAAAAGGAGGCUCAAGCAAGCCUUGUCUUCCAAAGGCAAAACUGCCACCAUGCUCUGAUGGAUUUUGAAGUGACUGUUUGGGCUGGGCCAUAGCAGGCCAAGAAUAGCGAUGUGGGCCUAGUGACGGUCAGCUUGCCAGCUAUUUUGGGGGUGAAAGAAGUCCUUUUCAGAAAAGAGACUAGGAUGGCUGGGAAUUUGGGGAGUUAAGCCCUUUCACUAGACCAGGGGUCUCCAAACCUGGCAACAUGCUGGCUGGGGAAUUCUGGGAAUCGAAGCCCACAAGACUUAAAGUUGCCAAGUUUGGAGACCCCUGCACUCCAAACCAAGAGGGUCCAAAGGAAAGGGGGACCAUCAUUCUCAGGAUUAAUUUCAGCUUCUUCACCUGCAUGAGACAAACAGGUGAAUACCUCUACCUGUCCACUCCCAUUUGGCUUCAGUCAUCAUCUUGGUUCUUUCCCCAUAUGUCAGACAACUUUCUUCUCUAAUGUUUAGGUGCCAAAUUAUGUUUAUGUAUGGCAUUUAAAGGAAAAAAAUAACCGCACAUAUAAAUGUCUUAAACAUGGUUAUGAAACUGGCAGGACAAGAAGAUAGAUGGUUGGUGGUCUCUCCAUUGGACAAUUCGCUCCUGCUGUAGAGGAACCUCCUGCCUUCCUGUUCCACCACAGCAACAACCAGCACAACUUUUUCAAAGAAAAACUCCCUUCCUUCCUUCCUUCCUUCCUUCCUUCCUUCCUUCCUUCCUUCCUUCCUUCUUCCCUCCCUCCCUCCCUCCCUCCCUCCCUCACCAUACCAACAACCAGCACAACUCUUUAAGAGUAGAAGAGAAAACAAUCCAAUUCUUUUCUUUUCCUUAUUUCACGAUGGAUUAUUUCAGAGGACUAAUCCAUGGUUUAUCUGUGGCCAUCCAAACACUUGAAAUGAAUGACUUGUUUAUCAUUACAGUUGACCUCAUAAAUGUUACAAACGA